GGGUACCGGGUGAAAGAGUACGCCGUUGUUUCAAGUUUAUUUGAGCUGAGGCUAAGGCUGUUGCACAUUGAGGCUUAACAUUGUCUUCCACACAUGGACACAAAUCAACAAGACUCUGAGUUAGAAGCUCAAAAGAAGCUAGCCAAAACUUAGAUGAAGCUGUAGAAAAUUGUGAUAUCAUCGAAGUAAGGUCCCUGCUAGGACAGGGGACGGACCCCAACCACCAGCUCUACUGGAGUGAGGAGUGGAGACCGUGGGAGCCUCCAUUACACUGGGCUUGCCAGUGGGGUUUCCUUGAGAUUGUGAAGACGCUUGUUACCCAUGGAGCUCAUGCUGAUAAGGGUGGCGGGUGGCUUAACAGAUUUCCACUUCACUAUGCAUGCGUGAGAGGUUAUAAAGAGGUGGUGGAGUACUUGAUCCAGGAGGUUGGAUAUAGUACUGAUGUGAGGGAUGGUCACCACUGGACAUUGUACUGGAUCCUGUCUAUUUGUCUGACCAUAAAGGCUGUAUGGAUCUUUCCCUGUACCUAGUGAGCUGUGGUUGUGAUGGUGAUGAGGGCAAAGCCAAGUUACUGCGUACAGCAUGUCGCCGGGCAAGCUGGAUGUAGUGAAGAAAGUGGUUGAGCAACACAAAGUUGACCCCAAGAAUGAGUGUGAAUUGCAUUUGAGGGAUAAAAAUGGACAGUCACCACUGGAUCUAGCUAUGGACCAUAUGCAUGAUUAUGACGGCUGUAUGGAUGUUGCCCUCUACCUGAAGAGUCGUGGCUGUGGUGGUGAUGAAGACAAACCCAGGUUUCUGUGUGCAGCAUGUAGGAGGGGCAGGUUGGGUGUAGUGAAGGAACUGGUUGAGCAGGACAAAGUUGACCCCAGGAGUGUAAGGGACUCUUGGAACUGGACCCCUCUCCACAACCCAUGCUACAGGGGACGCAAAGACAUAGUACAGUACUUGGUGGAGAAGGCCAACUGUGAUAUCAAUGCAACUGAUGAUAUUGACAGGACUACUUUAAACAUUGCUAUACAGUGGAAUUUCACUGAAAUUACUGGUUACCUCCAGCCACAACAAUUUGCUGUAACUGGAAAGAGUGAUGAUUCCAGGAAUGAGGAUAGUGAUGACUCAAGGAAUGAAGAUAGUGAUGACUCAAGGAAUGAGGAUAAUGAUGACUCAAGGAAUGAAAAUAGUGAUGACUCAAGGAAUGAGGGGAGCGAUCCUCCUACAACAGCAAAGACACAAAAAGCCAAUGAGAGUAUGUCCUGAAUGCAAGGAGAAGCUCGCUCACUCACACAAUAAUUAUUUUUAAUUACCACUUUCCAUGUCAUUUUACUUUGUAUUACCAUAGUUAUAAACGUUCAACAACAAAAGUUGUUAUGGUAGUAGAAAAUGUAAUAACUGAAAAUUGUCUGAAAGGAGUUACAUGACUUUUUUUAAUUGAUGCAAAAAUUCUGUUCAGUCAUUAUUAAUUUUUGCUUUUGGUUCA